AUGAGAAUCACGUGUACAUGGAAGCUGCUGGUGUACGCAUUGGCGCUCCACGCGGCUGAUUGCGCAGGAAUCCUGCGCAGAACCGUCGCACCGACCUUACCUCUGCGCCCUAAUGUAGUCCCGCUGAGCCGCGGCGCAAUCGCGCUGGCCGUCACGCGCGAGCUUGCGCUCAGCGGACCGUGCGUGUCUGAGAAUAAAUCGAGGGCCAAACAUCGCAAGAUCGCUGCACAGAACCCCGAUCUCGAUGCAGCGAUUGCCUUCUACGCCAAGCAGCACGACAGGAUCCUCCGGGAGCUGCUGCUGCCGGCGCUGAAGGACCUGUCUACAAAGGGAACGGAGAUUCCACGCGGACAACCUAAGCGGAAGGAAUUCGAAUGGGACAUCGCAGUGAGCACGGAAGCAGCACCGCUACAGUGUGCGAUCCUAGCUGACGUGCCGCCCGGAACGGUCCUAGUGCGCCCGCGCACGGACCGGGACGACACGACUCCGUGCGAAUACGUCGCCGUCGAGGCUCUCAAUGGACUCCUGCGCCUGCAGCCAUCCAACCUCAACCGGCUGUUCCCGGGCGCCACCAUGUCGGACGUGGAGAAGCUGUACGCGCAUGCGUCCCUGGCGACGACGUUGUUGGCGUAUCUGAGCUACAACUGGAAGCUUCGGCGCGUCGUGACCGCGUUGCUGGUGGCCGGCGCAGCAGCGGCCGUGCGGCACGUCGUGAUCGAUAUCGUGCUCGCGCUGCUGAGGUCGAAGCUGAUGUGGCAGCCGCACGUGUACGGUCUGUGGAGCAGGCUGUACCACACGCCUGCGCCGUUGAUGCUCUUGACCGCGAAGCGCGCUGCCGAGUUGGCACUUGAGGCGUUCGUCGCCGUGGAAGAAUACGUGCACCAACGUGGAGUGGAGCUCGAAAGCUACAUGCUAAACGCCGACCUCCACAACGCUGUGCUGCGGCCGGCUGUGGUCAGGGACCACCGGGGCGGCACCAGGCGGUACGAAACACUCUUCAACGCCGGGGCGCAUGCCGCGUAA